UUGCCUCCUUCCUUUGUCUAUAUAUACAAAGGCACUUGCUAGGCCAUAAUGGCACAACCCUAGAUAGGAGAUCAACACUUUGUUCCUCCAUGAGCAAAGGCAACAACACAAUGAGCUUGAAAGCUCUAACGUUAUGGUGCAUUUGGUUGUGUUUGUUGCAAGUGUCAUUAGGAGCAGUGAGGCACUACAAGUUUGAUGUAGAGUACAUGCUCCAUGGACCAGAUUGCCAUGAGCAUGUUGUCAUGGGAAUCAAUGGCCACUUUCCUGGUCCAACCAUUAGAGCUCAAGUUGGAGACACACUUGAUAUUGCACUCACCAAUAAACUCUCCACAGAAGGAACAGUUAUUCACUGGCAUGGAAUUAGACAGUAUGGAACACCUUGGGCAGAUGGAACUGCUGCCAUUUCGCAGUGUGCUAUCACUGCUGGAGAAACUUUUCAUUACAGAUUUGUCGUUGACAGGCCGGGCACAUACUUGUACCAUGGACACUAUGGUAUGCAAAGAGCAGCAGGGUUGUAUGGUUCUCUGAUAGUGGAUUUAGCAAAGGGAGAAAAGGAACCAUUCCAUUAUGAUGGUGAGUUCAACCUUUUGCUGAGUGAUUGGUGGCACAAAAGCACACAUGUUCAAGAAGUUGGCCUCUCCUCCAUUCCAUUCAAAUGGAUUAACGAGCCUCAGUCUUUGCUUAUUAAUGGAAGAGGACAAUACAAUUGUUCCAUGGCAGCCAAUCUUAUGAAUACGACCUUGCCCCAAUGCAAGUUCAGAGGUAAUGAAGAAUGUGCACCCCAGAUUCUCCAUGUCGAUCCAAACAAGACCUACAGGAUCAGGAUCGCUAGUACCACUUCCUUAGCAUCUCUCAACUUUGCCAUUGGGAAUCACAAAUUGGUGGUGGUGGAAGCUGAUGGAAACUACGUGGAACCUUUCAGUGUUGAUGACAUAGACAUAUAUUCAGGGGAUAGUUACUCAGUCCUCCUCACAACAAAUCAAGACCCAAAGAAAAACUAUUGGGUUUCAAUUGGUGUUAGAGGAAGAAAACCCAACACCCCACAAGGCUUAACCAUCCUAAACUACAAAACAAUCUCAGCCUCAGCUUUUCCCACUUCUCCACCACCUGUCACACCUCGAUGGGACGAUUACGAUCGUAGCAAAGCAUUCACUAAAAAGAUCUUUGCUCUCAAGGGAACCGAACAACCUCCACUUCACUAUGACCGUAGGCUUGUUCUUCUCAACACACAAAACCUUGUGAAUGGAUACACCAAGUGGGCCAUUAACAAUGUCUCCUUAACAUUACCAUCAACUCCUUACCUUGGCUCCAUUAAGUUUGGACUCAACGGUGCCUUUGACGCAAAAAGUCCUCCCGACAAUUUCUCAGCUGAUUAUGACAUACUAAAUCCUCCUUCAAACCCCAAUUCAAAUAUUGGGAGUGGGGUUUACAUGUUUCGAUAUAACCAAGUGGUUGAUGUGAUUCUGCAAAACGCCAAUGUGUUGUCGGGGACACAUAGUGAGAUUCACCCUUGGCAUUUGCAUGGGCAUGACUUUUGGGUCUUGGGGUAUGGAGAGGGGAAAUUCAAAGUGGGUGAUGAGAGAAAAUUCAACUUGAAGAACCCUCCUUUGAGGAACACUGCAGUUAUAUUCCCUUAUGGUUGGACUGCUUUGAGGUUUAAGGCUGAUAAUCCUGGUGUUUGGGCCUUCCAUUGUCACAUUGAGCCUCAUUUGCAUAUGGGAAUGGGUGUCAUUUUUGCUGAGGCUGUUCAUAAGGUGAAUAGUAUACCUAGAGAUGCUCUAGCAUGUGGCGUUCUCAAGAAGAUGUUCAUCAAUAAGAAACACAACUGAAACUAGUACCAACUUGUGUUUCACCUUAGUUCGUUUGGUUUAUCUUUCUCUCAUCCUUGUUUUGUUGCACCCACGUUGUGCUUUUGUUAGAGGGUAGGUAGCUAGGCCUCUUGACUACCUUCGUGUAGGAUAGUCAUGUCUUGUUUCCCCAACUCUGUUGUACUUCUUUUCUUUGCUAAUGUGUGUGUACUUUUAAAUUUAUGACAAAUGUGUUUAUUA